GACCGGGCAUUGACAUCUACGGCAACUAACAGUCUCUCCCCCCUCAGCGAAUGAAACACCAGCUCGAGGUGCCUGAGACCGCCACCGCAGCCCACGGACGUUGCGAGCGUACGGCAGCCACCCUCAUCCCGACACCUAGCCCUACGAAGGUGUGGCCCGUGCCCUGCUUCCUGACGUGGGGUUCCUGCAAUAACAGGACGUCAAGUCGCUUUUCCGCGACGAGCUGACGCACCUCUCCCGUAACCACAGUCGAACGCCGCAUGUUCAACUGCAGUAUCCUAACUCCCGUGGACACUAUCAAAGAUUUCGAAGCGUCGGCCGUCCGCCUGACCGGCGACCGAGAACCUAACCUCGAUACAAACUGGGACUGGAGCUGGGGGGUAUUUGUAGACUCUUCCGUCGAGUUCAAUGCGGAAUCUAGGUCGUUCGUGGAUCCGAUCGCGUUUCUAUUAUCCCUACACGCGGAGCUAUCUUUCUUAUUUCUAAUCGCCCCUUGUCCCUCCUGGUUGAAGAUCACAGGCAGGGAUCCCCUCGCGAGAACUCCGUCACACCUAUCCAACAUUAUACGGACGACACGAAGGUCGCAACCUGUGGACUGUGCCUCGUCACGUACUGGACCGCGCACGCACCCGGACACAGCUCGGCGAGGCGCUCCCAAGGAAGAGGACGCCGUCACCGAGCGCGCGACCGAGCGGACCCGCGACCCGACGCCAGACACGUCCCGUGCUUCCAUGGUUACGUCCCGUCCUGACCGGAAGCGUGAGGCCAGGCGGGCACUCCUCACCACGUCUUUAAAAUUUUUAAACGAAACCAUAUUGUUCCCACGAGUACGGUGGAAGGGAUGUCGAGCGACGUAGAGCCACCUUUACGCCACCAAGCCUAAUUACACCGAGGGGACGGCAGGUACCUCGGAGCGGACCGUUAGCGGUCGCGAAAUUAACGCCCUCGCAACCAUUCAGACUCUCAGCACGGUA